UAGUUAAAGCCCAAAUUCUAACUGCUUUGUUCGUUAAUUCUUCUCAAACCCUCUCUGCUGCCGCUGCCGCUGCCAACUCCUCGUCGUUCUACUUCUCCGGCGGCUGAUUUAGUUGAAACUUGCUUUUGAAGUAUUGAACAUCAGCCAAAAUGUCUCGGAAAGGAUUGAUGGAGCAGGAUCUAAGCAAAUUGGAUGUGACGAAGCUACAUCCUCUUUCGCCUGAAGUUAUUGCUCGUCAGGCAACAAUAAACAUUGGUACUAUUGGCCAUGUGGCUCAUGGGAAGUCAACAGUUGUAAAAGCUAUAUCUGGUGUGCAGACUGUUCGUUUUAAAAAUGAGCUAGAGCGUAAUAUUACAAUUAAGCUUGGAUAUGCAAAUGCUAAGAUAUACAAAUGUGAAGAAGAGCGCUGUCCUAGACCUGCAUGUUACAAGGCUUAUGGAAGUGCAAAAGAAGACAAUCCCAUGUGUGACGUCCCUGGUUUUGAGAACUGCAAAAUGAAAUUGCUGAGGCAUGUGUCUUUUGUUGAUUGCCCGGGUCAUGAUAUUCUCAUGGCUACUAUGCUUAAUGGAGCCGCAAUUAUGGAUGGCGCCUUACUUCUAAUUGCUGCCAAUGAGAGCUGUCCCCAGCCUCAAACUUCUGAACAUUUAGCUGCUGUAGAAAUUAUGCGUCUCCAACAUAUAAUAAUUCUUCAAAAUAAGGUUGAUCUGGUUCAGGAAAAUGUUGCUAUCAACCAGCAUGAGGCAAUUCAGAAAUUUAUUCAGGGAACUGUUGCAGAUGGUGCCCCAGUUGUACCAAUAUCUGCACAAUUGAAGUACAACAUUGAUGUCGUCUGUGAAUAUAUUGUGAAAAAAAUUCCCAUUCCUGAGAGGAAUUUCAUCUCACCACCAAAUAUGAUUGUUAUCCGGUCAUUUGAUGUAAAUAAACCUGGUUUUGAAGUUGAUGAUAUCAGAGGGGGUGUUGCUGGUGGCAGUAUUUUGAAGGGUGUACUGAAGGUUAAUCAACUUAUUGAGAUUCGUCCUGGAAUUGUUGUGAAAGAUGAGAGUGGCAACAUCAAAUGUACUCCAAUAUAUUCAAGAAUAGUAUCAUUGUUUGCCGAGCAAAAUGAACUACAAUUUGCCGUGCCUGGAGGCCUCAUUGGAGUUGGAACAACUAUGGAUCCAACAUUGACACGUGCUGAUCGAUUGGUGGGACAGGUUCUUGGGGAGGUCGGGUCACUUCCUGAAGUUUACGUGGAACUAGAGGUGAAUUUCUUUUUGCUACGACGUCUCUUGGGUGUGAGGACAAAGGACUCAGAGAGGCAGGGUAGAGUCUCAAAGUUGGCAAAGGGAGAAAUCCUCAUGUUAAAUAUAGGGUCUAUGUCAACAGGGGCUCGUGUUGUCGCUAUCAAGAAUGUUUUCGCAAAACUGCAACUGACAUCCCCUGUAUGUACCAGCAAAGGGGAGAAAAUUGCUCUUAGCCGGAGGAUCGAGAAGCACUGGCGUCUUAUUGGUUGGGGUGAAAUCCAAGCUGGUAUUACUCUUGAUGUUCCAUCUUCCCCCUUAUGAGCAAAUCACACAAUUAGUCACUCAACAACAGGAAAAACUAUUCAAAGGGAAUUUGAAAUUCUGGAUACUCUAUAUCCUUACAUUUUAUUUGUUUAUUUCUUUGUCCAAGUGGAUUGUAACUUGUAAUUCAUUAGUUUAGCUGGUUAUUAAAAAGUUACACAACUAGUCUC